CUGGGGGUGGGGGGGAGAAAAAGAGCCUCUCUUUCUGUGUCAGAGGCUCUUCCUGCCGCUGGGGUCUGUGGGAUUUGUAUUUCUUUGGCUGUGACUUCAGUCACGGUUCUCGCGUCCGCCAUCUACUGGGUGCAUGUACGCCGUAAGAGAGAGGUUUCAUAGUUAAGAGCUAUGCGUGGAGGUUUGGGAUCCGGCUGUGAGCGGCAUAUUUCGUGCUCUCGCGACCGCCCGCCACUUUCUGUUGCGAUGGUUGCUCCAUCUCCGUUCGCUUGCAAGCACUGCGCAGUUUCCGCGGACUUGGCCCCCAGCAAGCCGCCAAGAUCUUUCUGUUGUGCCUCAAGUUCUGUGCUCCGCUGCGAGUCCGUCCUUUUGAGCGGGCAAAGAGUGGUGCACCCGUAGUUUCUUAGGGUCGGUUGCAGUUUCUCAAGGAACUUUAAGGCUAGGGGGGGCAGGAGCCAAUCAAGGAGGCAGUGAUGCUGUAGUCUGGUCCCUGCGCUGGACUCAAUGACCAGCUAGAGAGCAGCCGGAAAUGGGGACAGAAGCGAACAGGCCUCGCCUCAGCGCCUGGUCCGGCGAGGGCUGACGCUGCCCCAUGCAGCCUUCCCGCCUUGUUAUGUUUUGGAGUGCGGGAGCAACUGAUCGUGAUCAAGCCCAGCUGAAAGCAGAUCUGAUUGAAGAAGACACAGAGGAGUGGCAGAGCAACCCCUCUUUUGCUGGACUGGAAAGAGUUGGAGGAGUGGACCUGUCUUAUGUCAAAGGAGACGACACCAGUGCCUGUGCAUCACUCGUGGUGCUCAGCUACCCGGACCUCAAGGUGCUGUAUGAAGACAGCCGCAUGGUGGAUGUGCAUGCCCCCUAUGUGGCGGGUUUCCUAGCCUUCCGAGAAGUUUCUUUUCUUGUGGAAGCAGUGCAACGACUAGAGGAAAAAGAGCCUGCCCUCAGGCCUCAGGUGCUUCUUGUAGAUGGAAAUGGCAUACUUCAUCACAGAGGUUUUGGCAUCGCUUGCCAUCUUGGCAUACUCACAGGUCUGCCCUGUAUUGGUGUAGCCAAAAAACUUCUGCAGGUUGAGGGUCUGACCAAUGAUGACGUUCACAAGGAACAAAUCCGUGCCCUUCAGAAAGGAGGAAAUACCUUUGCUCUGUCAAGCAGUUCAGGGAGAAUCUUGGGUAUGGCCUUGCGCAGCUGUGCCAAGAGCACCAAACCUGUAUAUGUCUCUGUGGGCCACAAAAUGAGUCUUUCAUCCGCUGUGCGACUGGUCCAUUCCUGCAGCAAGUUCCGGAUUCCUGAGCCCAUCCGGCAGGCGGACAUACGAUCCAGAGGAUACAUCCGGAAGCGCUCGGAGGCGGCCUCUGCCACCUCACCUCAGCCAGAGAGUUCUAGAGGCUUCCUUGCUGGCCAUUCCACUCUCCUCAAGAAGAGCAAAGACACAGACUCCAAGCAUUCAUGUGGCAUUAAGGACGGCUCACUCACUUCUAUGGAUUCCCCUGUGCAGAAGUCCCACAGAGGGCCACGGGGGAGCUCCAGUGGCCAGAGAAUUGGGCGCUGACCAUUUGUGGCAGGAAAUUGGUGUUUACUUUGAGUGUAGGGCACGGCUGAAAGGUGAAACCAGAGGUCGUAUGAAUUACGCCAAAACCAAAAAUGGGCGCCACAACUUCAAUGCCAGUGGCAGCUACAGGGAAACCAGAGAGGCUGCGAGGUGGGGGCAGGGGGAGCAAGCGGAGCAAGCGGAGCGCUGGGCCUUCCUCCGGUGAGUCUGUCGCCUCGUUGAAGCUGCUGCCUGCCUUUUGGCAUCCCGGGCGGUUCCACUUGCACUGCAAAUAGCCGCUUGGGGAAGCAUUUUUUCUCAGAACAUGGGAAGAGGAGAGAGACUGCUAGCACCCCUCCCGCCCUGCUGUGGCGAGGUGGCUCCAGGUUCCUCCUGGCUGCUAUUUACACAUCAAAAUUCACCUCUAGUUUGGCCUUCAGCUGGGAGCAGCAUCCAAUCCCAACGCCCUGGGAUGUGUAUAGUGCAAGUGUUUGACCCGUGUUUGUGUAUGGACACCUUCUACCAGGGAGGGAAACGUGUGUCCCCCCCAACAGGAUGUCGGACUGCAGCUCCCAUCAGCCCUAGUCAACAUCACCCAAGGUGAGGGACGGUGGCAGUCCGGAGGACCUCCACCCCACAGACACACACCUAUGGGGAGAACAUCUCGAACGUGAUUCGAACAAUGCCUAGGUGGCUUCUGCUAACACCAUCCAGGUUUUUCUGUGCUUGUGCAAACGUGGGCAGGCCAAGGAAAAGGCAGGAAGAGACAGAGGUGAAGCAGCCCCGAAUCCUGCUGAAAAACUGGACCCAAAGGAGUCAUCCUGGCGGGGAACCCAUGGUUCGGGGAGAGGAACUGCCCCUGAGUUGUGGUUUUGUUGGGGGUGGCUUCCACACAGGGCCACCUGCAGAGCAAGAACUCAUCUCUUCUGCUUCUAACAGCCUGAUGAAAUGUUAGAGAUAAUUGAUUUAUAAAUGCAAUGCCAAAAAUAAACCUGCACUGGUAAUUCUUU